AUGGCUCCGGCCGUUGUCGAACCAGCCAAUGGUUCCUACAUGCACCGAACACACACAUCCGAUGACCGCGCCGCCGAUGCGACGACUUCGACAACACCGACAAAUCGCCAGCGAGGGCCGAGCGUGCAGGGCCGAGCUGCAUUCGAAUUGCCGUCAUUCGACACCAUUCCCGACUUCGACACGACUCUGUCCUUCGACGUCAAGGACAACAAGGAGGAGACCCCGGCAGCAGCAGCAACAACAACACAAAAAGCCGAAGAGAAGCUGCCGCAGCCGCAGCCGCAAUUGCCGCCGACAAAGGUUCGGUCAGACCCUGUGAAGCUGUCCAAGCCUUCCAAGGACGACGACAAGGAAAAUGCGAGAGAUGGGAAGCAAAAGGAAAAGGACAAGCAGAAGGAGAAGAGAGGCAGGAGAGCCUCGCUAAUGGAACGACGAAAGUCAUGGCUGCCAGCCUCCAGGUCGCCUUCCAAAGUUAAAGAGCCGCCUCUCCCCGACAGACCCAGCACACAUGCCGGAGACCACGUGGAUUUUGCUCUUGUUGCUGCUGCUGCCGCCGCUCCACCUGCUCCAGCUGCGGCGGUGUCAUCCGGCUCGGCGGUACCACUGACGCGGCCACCAGAGCUUGAACGCCCCAGGACAGUCUCCGAGAGUUUCGCUAGCUUUGCAAAGAAGUCAUGGAUGUCGACCUCGCGGUCCCCGUCUCCGAAGAGAAACCCAGAACCUGUUACACAAACACAGCCAGCUACCUUGCGCCCUCCCCGCAGCCGAGCACCGAGCAACGAUUCCGCGAAGAGCGCUGCCGAGACCUCCCGCAAGAGACCCGUUUCUCUCCUCGUUGACACCUCACAGUCUCCCGCGUCACGGAGCACCGAAAACCUGAAGCCCACGUCGCGCGCCCUCAACCGAGCGAGCACGUACCUGUCCAAGAUCAAGCCUCGCCCGACAAGCAUGCUCAUCAAGUUGGGGCCUGGCAGCGAUUCCGAGCUGAAUCUCUCGGCGCCUCCUUCCAGCCUCAGCCUGGCACCUCCGCUCAGCGCCCCUCUAGCGACUGACCAGCGCAACAGCACCAGCAGCAACACCAGCAAGGCUCCCGAGCCGACGAAGCCUGCCGCGAAGACACUGUCGAAACCAGCACCUUCGAAGGCAGCUUCAAAACCAGCUUCUUUCGCAGAGUCCCAGACAACGGUGACGGACGAGUCAUGGAGUGAGAUGUCGGCUAACAAGGACACCAUUUGGUCCGCCUUCAGGUCAUUGGAUACCGAGUACGCCGGCUUCCCGAGCAAAAUCAUGCCUCAGCGAAUGCACGUGGUGCGGGUAACUCUAUUGCCCUUUUUGCGGACCUAUAUGAAUCACAUAUCCAACAAGGGACUCAAUUUCGAGGAUGUCGAGCGGAGAGCGACGGUGCUGAACAAGUGGUGGGGCGGAUUGUUGGAGAUGCUUGAAGGUCACGGCGGCCAGUCGCUUCCAGGUGUCGACCGACCGGUCCUCCUCGAGGCCUUGACAAUGUUGAUGAUGAGGCCCGAAUGGCGAUCAACGACGACAUACUUCAUGCCAUUGGUGGACCGAUCGCCAAAUGAACGCGUCCGACCCCGUUCGGGAACCCAGUCGACGGCGGAUUCGUCACUAGCGUCGAGUCAGGCUUUCCUGGCCGAGUCGGCAGAGCACAAUGUCCGCACCAUGUUCGUGAGCAAUCUCAUGAAGCAGAUGCAGAUUGUGGUGGACAAGAUGUCGCUGCGCCAUGCACCGCUGAGCCUGGUCAAUUGGUGCGGUAAAGCCUGCGCCUACGGCUUCUUCUUUUGCCCGUCGGUCGCCGAGAUUCUAGUCCGCCUCUGGGAUCUGCGGCCGGAGCUCAUUCGGCGAGCCGCCGACGAGUUUGGCCUCCCGAAGAAGAACAACGGCGAGAGCGAGGACAUUAUGGCGCUCUUCCCUCCGAACCUGGGAGUCCUUGGCUGGCAGUCGCAAAGAUACAUCAGCAUGCGCUUCAAGGAGAGGGUCAAGCUGUCUGUCAUGGCCGCGAGAAUUCCGUGGUUCAGCCCUUGGGUGACUAGAUGGCGUGGCGGCGAGACGGAUCUCUUCUUCAUUUUCUGCAAAUAUUUCCACAUCUUGUCGGAAGAGUUCAUGCCCGAGGGUCUGCCUUUACUCGAAAAGGCGCGAUCGCCAGGUUUUGUGCUCGUCCAGAGUCAGCUCCUGGCCUGCCUCGAGUCUACGAUUCACAGACAAGCCGAGGUGGACGCGAUGAUGAACCCGCUCCAAGCAGGCGAUUCGUUCUACGGAGCUGACGCUGCGGCUACCUCCAUGAAUGUGCCAGGCAACUUGUUGAAGAAUAUGGCCGAGAACCGCCUCAUCGUGCUAUUGAAGGACAUUUUGGGAGAGUCGGCACCGAUCUUCAGCGCUGCGAGACGCACCUUUGCAGAGGCCUUCUUGUCCGUCAUUCGCGGGGGCGUUCGGAAAGUCUCGGUGUAUGAUCACAGCGCCGUGUUCACACUCUGCGAUUUCCUGGAGGAGGCUUUGGUGGCUUACGACCAAUUCGACGACCUCAACAACCCGAACAUCUCAAAGUGCGUUGAUUGGCCUUUCUGGCUCGAUGUGUGCAAGAAGAUGUUGGUGUCUGACAACGCCAUGACGGAGGUUCGCCUAUUGUCCUUCAUCUACUCGACCUGGGAGACCGUCACGGCAGACCCUGCGAGAAAGAGGGCACUUUGCCUCGACUGGCUGCUCUCCGAGGAGAUCUUCGACACCUACUUCAACCACUGGUGCCCCAUGGUCCGUGGCUACUACAUGCGCUUGCUUUGCUGGAGGAUAUGCCGAGACGCCGGCAGCGCCAAUGAGACUGACGCCGAGAUCUUCCUCGUAGCUGCGUCCAGACUUAAGACGGUCUGGGCUCACUACCUCUGGCUCCGCAACACCGCCGAAGCGGCGGAAAAGUUCCCCCCAUCUACAGCGCCCUGCCUCCCGACGCCGGGCAAAAAAUUCAUGAUCAUCCGCACCGAAGUCAACCUCCCACAGCCGGGCUACUUCAACCAGCCCUUUGACUCGUUCUCCAAGAUCCUUAACGGCGAGGGCUCUGUUGCCACAACUCCGCCUACCGAGACCGCUGAGGCUGCUCCUCCACCGAAGCCCGACAACAACAAGAAGCGCUGGUCUCUGUUUGGCAAGGUCUUGUCGCUUGGUGGCGCUGGCUCAUCGAACUCGGACAGUGAGGACAAUGAGCCGCGCAAGGAGUCGAAGUCCCUCACCAAGAAGGUUCGCCAAGGCGGCCCGCCACUGCCCCCCAAGAUUUCCACCUCCGCCGCCUCCGCCAUGACUUCAUCCUCAGACGGCAGCUCUCCCGGAGGCUCCCCCAUCUUCAUGGAACAGAAGUUCGUUUUCAAGUUUACACUCACGUGGCAGCCUCCUGCAGUCCAACAGCCUCGCGACCGCGUGCUGACCCGCCCGCGUCUUCCCGCUCCGGCGCAAGCGUGGGUCAGCGCCCGCUCUCGAAGUGGCAGCACUCCUCCGCCACCUCCGGCCGGUCUUCCCGAACCGACACGCCGUGUCUCUGGCGCAAAGCACCGGGGUCUUGUCGAUGAGGCCAAGAACGCCGGCCCAUUGAGCCCGCCUACGUCGCCGAUACCGACGUCGCCCACUGCCACUGGCCUGGAGCGCAAGUCCUCCGUCACCGCUGUAUCCUCGACUUCUUUGGUCCGCAGACUCAGCAACAAGUUCGACUUUGAGGAGAACCCCAAGGCCGAGCUGAUGACCUUUGACUUUGAGAACGCGGAGAAGACGUCUGCGUCGUCCGUGUCGUCCGGCGACUCGACAGAUGCUUCGCCGGUGGAGGAAAGGAUCGAGGAGGAGCCGCAAGAGCAGCAGCAGCAGCCGCUGUCCCCGCCGCCGCAGCAGCAAACGCACCAGCCCCCGUCGAGGAUGCAGAGCCGCAGGUCGGGCCCUGAGCCGCUGACCCAGCCUCUGCGUCCCACGGGUUUCUACACCAAGCGCGCCGUCUACACCGGCCGCGCGCUUGCGGAGUGGAGCAUUGUCGUUGCCGAGUGCAACGGUUUCGUUGAUCGAAGACGGGACGAGGGCGUUCUCGGCCUCAGCGACGUUGAGGUGCCGCUUCUCACCGUCGAGGGUUUCAGAAAGAUUGGUUAG